AAAAUUCAAAAUGGCGGGCCAGCAGACAAAUCUCAUACUCCAUGGACUGGGAACGUUGUUGAUCGCGACCGCGACGGUUACCUUAAUGGUAUCUCUGUUCACAGACAGUUGGAUACAGUCGCCGGUAAAGGGAUCUGGGUUCCAGAAGGCCGGGCUGUGGAAGAUCUGUCUGGUCGACUAUGUCAUACACAGAAAUGACCAAAGCCAGGAAGGCUUAUAUGGGUGUUAUAGUUUUGCCGACCCAAUUUUCUAUGAUAUUCAGGAUUGGCUACACCCAGCAUGGCUGAAGGCAGUAAAGGCCCUGUUAGUGGCGGCUCUGUUCUUCAAUGUCUUCAACCUGUUCAUCUCGGCCUUCUUCCUGAUGUCAUGGAGGGCAUAUCUCCUCAUCCCGGUCACCGUCCUGGGCAGCUUAUCAUAUGUCUUCAUAUCGUGUGGAACGACCCUCUACAGAUUCAGCUCGAACGACCCCUACUGGCUUCCGCUUCCUGAUUCCAACCAAUUAGACUGGUCCUACUAUUUGAGCGUGGCCACUAUAUUCAUCACGGUUGCUGGAUCCAGCAUCCAUGUGAUACAGGCCCUGUUGCUGUGUUGUAGCAGGGAAAGGUCAAUGAGGAAAUCCUAAUCAGUGUGCUAACAAUACCAACAAGAGGAACCGGUGUUGUCUACAGAUAGUCAGGGCUCAGUGCCCACUUGCUCAAAGCGAUCAUAGGGCUAUAACUCCCGUUAGUCCACGUUAGAGUAUGGCAGUUACCAUCGUCGUAGCGCUAAGAUUGCUGUGUGCAUCUUAUGAUCGUAAUUUAACAUAGACUUACGACUGUCGUAGCGCUACGAUCGCUUGGAGGAACGGGGCCAGGGCCUAGAUUUUCAGAGCUAAGACAGUCGUAAGUUAAUGUUAUUGUAUGGCACUUACGACUAUCUUAGCGCUAAGAGAGCUUCGAAAAUCUAGGCCCUGAUUCACUAAGCGAUCGUAGCUCAAUGAGUGUUAAUAUAUGGCAGGUAUGAUCACUUCAGCGCUACAAUAACUUUGUGGACCUGAACCAAGGGGCCCGUUUCACAAAGCGACUGUCGUAAGUCUAUGUUAAAAUAUGGGAGAUACGAUCCCCAUAGCUCUAAGGUCGCUUUGUAUAACGACACCCAUGACAUUAGUGGAGAUCAUUAAUACCUGGAACCUCGUACAGUCAUCCUUAACAUAUCACGACAGGAGUUAUCCUGUUUUUGCUGAAUAAUUAUGUGUCAUCGAAAUACUAUUAAUAUAAAAGGGAAAAGGUCCAGAAAACCUCUUAGUGAAUAACAGUACAACAGAACGCUGCUUGCCGUAGAACUGUCCCCAAACGUCGUCCUCAAUGUCGAACACUGGAAGUCGUAACUGUAGAUGCAGAAAAGUGAAGGUCGUCACCAUUGGUGCGCAUAGUCACUGCAGGUGCUAAGCGGACACGUUCGUAUUAUGCUAGUUACAUGUUUUUCCCAGCGUGUAUUUGAUACCUCUAAUGCGACAUGAUGCGCUUGGCACAAACAUCACCGUCUGUUCAAUCGCAGACUGAUUCAGUUACAAACAUACUUUCUCGUGUCAAGUCGUGAUUUCGGAUAUAUUGCCUGUAUGAAUGUAGUCCUGAACAUAGUAUAUGAUAUACAGCACGGUCACAUGCCACGUGCCGUGUACGGGGUUCAAGGGUAAACCACAUAAUUACAAAGAUAUUAAGAGGUACGACCAAUUGAAUACAUUGUAUAUAUAAUUUUGAUAGCAACAAAUAAACCCAUUUAAAUUGAAAGGAGUCCCAGUCAGAUGUGAAAUUCAGAACCUGGGGGAAUCUAGACUUGCUUGAUUUGGGAUUUAGCAUUGCAGAGAGGGCAAGGCGGUGGGGAAAAUAAUGUGGUUCAGGGACUGUGAGACAGUUUACCAAUUGACCCUAAGAGCUUGUUCUGUUUACAAUCAACCACGUCGAAUGAAGCAAGCCUUUCAUUCCUCUAAUUUUAGACAGAUUCUAUGCAUGCGAUUUGGAGAUCUGUGUUCCCUUUUUAUCAGACUUGUCAUUGCUCCUCUUUGCAUCGCACGCAGUUUCAUCUAUAACAUGUUCACUGCAAUCUGUUGACAAGUGGGAAUAAACAAAGGAUUCUAUGAAUAUUGAUACUUCUUACACUCCACUGAAAUAAUCAAAGUAUAUACUUAUUGAUAUCAUUUGAAAUUCAACAACCUCAACUUUCACUCAGUGUAUUGACAAUUUCCAUAUCGUUUAUCAUUGAGAAUUUUCCCAUCGACCAUAUUUUCGCUUUAUCGAUAUUGUAGUCAACAAUACCCUUGGAAUCCAGUGGGUUGCUGAAUGUAUUCAAAUCAAUUAGUGUUCAAAUCAAAUCGUCAAAACGGACCCCACAGUAUAUCACAAUGAAAUCAUCGGUUCUUUCAAAGACUGACUGACUGACUCAGUUUAGUUUUACGUCGCUUUUAGCAAUAUUCCAGCAAUAUCACGGCGGGGGACAACAGAAAUGGGCUUAACACAUUGUGCCCAUGUGGGGAAUCGAACCCGGGUCUUCGGCGUGACGAGCCAACGCUUUAACCACUAGGCUACCCCAACGCCCCUCUUUCAAAGAAAACGUCAGGUUGUAUAUUGAAUUGAUAUACAGUGUCAUUAUGACGGCAAGUGGUUACAUAGAUACCGUUAUCCCCGAUAAUUCUAGGGAUUCAGGGAUAUUUACAUUCUUUAAAAGAGAAAUGGUAAGUGCAUAAGUGUAAAAGUUUUGUAAUAGUUUGAUAUGUGUGGCAAUUUUACGUUCAUCAAGGGUGAGGGGUGACUGGUUUCGUCGCGCCCAUAUAUAGUCUAAAUAUUUCUCACCAUGUGAUCGUCGUUUGAUCAUAGUGUUUUAAAUCAGAACAUGUGAUUGUUUGGUAUUUGUUUUGAGACUUACUAAAAUGUUAUUGUAUUAAGAACACUGGUUCUUUUUUAAAUUACUUUAUGUAAAACUAACAUAUUUUGACAAGUUCGACCUGUAUCACCAACGAGUGCCUUGUAAUGUGAAAAUAUGUUUGUAGAGGUAAAACUGAGAAAAGUAGUGUAUACAGCCGGGUUAUCAUAAAGUAAUGCCCCACAACUUGUUCGUUGUAUCGUCACAUGGUAUUCAGUGUGACGAUCUAUUACAAAUGCUUAAGUUAAGUUUCAUGACAUGUGUUCAUCAUCUCUGUGUUCAUACUUUGAACACAAAUGUCAAGAUUUGUCAAUAGUUUCCAUUGAUUUUAAGAUUUAUUUUAAACAUAGAUCAACAAUAGAUCGCAUAAGACAAGGACUGGCAAGGCUGGAGCCUAGACAUGGUGAUCCAUAAGUGAGAGUGUCGUAUUAUCGAUAACAUCAACUGAAAGGUUCUCAAAGUUUAUUCGAAAAAAAGAUAAUUUAUAAAAUUAAAUUGUAUACGAAUGUUUUAGCUUAUUUUCCUAUAUCAUCUGUUUUUACAAUAUUUACACUUUGAUAUGUAUAUAUAGUGCCGUAUGUGUCGCAGUUGUUAUGUGUCUAAAAUCAGAACAUAUAUUGUGUUCACUAUGGAGACAGACUGAGAGUUACAAAAUGUCUUCUCACUUUGUUUUCGUAUUCUAUCGUUAUUUGGUGCGAGGAAAUCGACUAGCACUUGGCAUGUGUUGUUCUGUGUAAGUCGAUGAUAUUUGUGUGUUGGUUCUUGCUAAGAAUGACCAUAAAUAGUGUUGUGGUAGAAACGUUGUUGGUUUUAGUUACUAUAUGUUAAAAUGAGAACUAAACUUGAGACAAGUUUUAAACAUGCAAAUUGUAUCACUAUGAAAAUGUGAUGAUCGCGAUGAGAAAAUAAGUUUCUGAAAGCAGGUGAGUGGAUAUAGUUCUAUGUCGCUUUUAGCAAUAUUCCAGCAAUAUCACGGCGGGGACACCAGAAAUGGGCUUCACACAUUUUACUCAUGUGGGGAAUCGAACCCUGCUCUCCGGGGUGAUAAGCAAACGCAUUAACCACUAGGCUUCCCCGUCGCCCAUCUGGAAGCACGAGAUAACAUUAAAACCAUCUGCUGACAUGAACAUCUAGUUGAUUGUUGUUUAACAUUCUGAUCAAAUUUCAUUUGUAAAUAUAACACUAUCAUCAGUCAAUAAAUAAAUUUGUCUAGAA